AUGGUCUUCCGUUUCUCGCGGCCCAGUGGCCAUGGCCGCCGCCGCUUCGGCUUCGUGUUUGCGCUGGCAGCACUUGCCGUGCUCGCGUUUUCGAUGACGGCCUCUGCCGACACCAAGGCAGCCUCGACCGCAUUCCCGUACCCCAUUAGCUCUGAGGCGCUCAACGACCGGCUGCAGGAAUGCGAGGUGGUCCAGGCGCUCGGGCAGCAGAAGCUGAGGCGGUACGGCGGCGAGCUCGGCCACGGCGGCGCGACGUCCUCGACAACGGCCAAGAUCUUUGCGGUGCUGUUCCCCGGCAGCCCUGCGGUCAAUGCGCUGCUCGCGACGCUCUACAUUUCCGGUCCCCCCAACUUUCUGCUGGCGCUCUGCCCGCCCAACAUCGACCCCGCCUCGCUGUCCGUGAUGGUGGCCUUUGCGGUGGGCGGCCUGCUGGGCGACACGCUGUUCCACCUGCUGCCCGAGAUUUUUGUGGGCGAGGACGACGAGCGGGCAGAUCGGGCCCGGCUGGUGCUCGUGGAGCCGAACCGCAACCUGCUGCUGGGCGUGGCGAUUCUUGUCGGUUUCCUGACGUUUGUGGCAAUGGACAAGGGCCUGCGGAUAGCGACCGGCGGCGACGGCCACGACCACGGCAGCCAUAACCAUGGCCACAAUACUCCUGAGGCCAAUGCGACGGCCGUGACCACGUCCACGGACGUGGCGUCUGGCUCGGCCAAGUCGCGCGGCAAGAAGGGCGGCAACAAGAACAACGACAGCAACAGUAGCAACAGCAGCGAGAAGAAGGAUGGGGAGGCAAGCAAGGCCGUCGCGGUGCCCGAGGCGAGCGCCAGCGUCAAGCUGUCUGGCUACCUCAACCUGAUUGCCGACUUCACACACAACAUUACCGACGGCCUCGCCAUGUCCGCCUCCUUUUACGCGUCCCCGACAAUCGGCGCCACAACGACGGUGGCCGUCUUCUUCCACGAGAUCCCGCACGAGGUGGGCGACUUUGCGCUGCUGAUCCAGUCCGGCUUCUCCAAGCGCGCGGCCAUGGGCGCGCAGUUCGUGACGGCGCUCGGCGCCCUGCUGGGCACCGUCAUCGGAAUCCUGGUCCAGGAGUUUGGCGGCAACAGCAGCUCGGCGGCGGCGGCGGCGGCGGCGGCGGACGGCGUGGUCGAGGCCGGCCUGUUUGGCACGAGCACAGUGGCGGUGAUCCCGGAGCUGCUGGAGACAAACCUCGAGGGCAGCACGAAGCUGGCAGAGUUGCGCAAGACGCUGAUCCAGUUUGCCGCGAUUGCGACAGGCGCGGGCAUCAUGCUGUACAUCUCCUGGCAUUAA